AAGUCCAGCCUUCGUCCGGAGGAGAGAUGGAGAAUGAGAGGAGUGGAGUCGAGUGUUGUGCUGGUAUUGUUCAGUCGCUGAGUCUCAAACUGAGGAUACUGUUAAAAUAUGAUGGAAAACUGCGAAUAUAUAGUCAGUAACAGCCCGGCUACCGCCAGGGUUUAAACACAGGGUCGUUUUUGUUCGUAUUUUACGUGUUUCAGGGUCUAAAAACAGUUCAGCGAUGCAUCGGGCGUUUUCGUUCCCCGCGGCCGGAGAGCGGAGCCGCUAUAAGGAGCGGCUGGAGGCGAGUCUGGCGGGGCUGCUGGAGCUGGAGGUGCUGAAAGAGCGCCAGGAGGGCCUGGUUUUGGGAGCUCUAGCUCUCGGCGAUUCGGGCUGUGGGCGACCGGCAUGGGGGCUCCUCCGGCACGGCUUCAGCCUCACUUCGGCCAGAGCCGGGGAGAAGUCGGCUUUGGCAGAGCAGCAGCAGGGUUUGAUGACAGUUCUUCAGCAGCAGGUGGGAGAAUUGAGGGUCGAUACAGAGAGCAGCUCAGUGGAAAACCCGACUGAAGCAGGAGACAGUGGACCAAGCUCAGGUUUCUAUGAGCCGAGUGAUACUCAGUCGCCACUGGACUCAGGAGAACUCUCCCCCAGGACCACAUUCCCUGUACGAUCAUCUAGUGCCAAUGAAAGGCCCAUGUCUGCUGGAGAUGCGUUUGUUGCCAGCCGUGACGGACUUCAGGUCAGUGGGGGACGUUCUCUGCUUCCUCGCUCGCUCUCAGCCCCCCAGCCACCCCUGACGGGCAUAGCAGAGAGAGGAGUAGAGAGGGAGCAGUGGUUCUGGCCAGUAGGAGAUGCAGCAGGAGAGGAGGACUUCCAGCAAGCUCAACGCAUGGAAACCUACAUCCUGGGCCUGAUCCAGCGCCGUCUGCUUACUGCCAGGCACUGCAAACCUCGCACCAGCCUAAGCCCUGAAGCCAGAGGAGUGGUGAGGCAGGGCAGCCUCUGCUGCAAAGAGCCUCCCUUUGCCAUCGAGCGCCACAAGGCUUCACCCAGCCCUGAGAGGACACCAGCAUGGGCCUCCUAUUGCUUGGAAGAGGAGCGGCUCGGGGGCCUCUCCCAUGAGGAGGCACUCCCUGUGCACUAUCCCAGGCCUCCUGCGCUUGCGGGAAUCCGCUCCACUUCGCUGGACUUCCCCUGUGGAGCUCUGGAGCCCAGCAGCAGUGAGGCAGACUCGCCCCAAAACUACCAGGUCCCACACUCGCCCUCCUCGGAUGAACAGCUGGUGAAUGCCCAGUACAUCCCAGCCCAGCCAUGUCGUGCUCCGACCAGAGCCAAAACGCACCGCGCCCACUCCGCUCCCAAAGCCAGCCGCCCCACCCACUCCCCUGAGAGAGCAGAGAGAGCACAACCCAAACCACGAGCUGUCCCAAAGAAGUGUCGUUUCACAGAGGAAAGGGCAGCUACCAAGAAACCUGGCCGAAGGGCUUGCCGCUCACAGUCGGAAAACAGCUUGCUGGGCCAGAAGGGGGCACCUGAGCGCAAGUACAGCACCGUAGAGCGCGACAACGGGCGGGCUGGCCAUAGCAAAAGCCGCCGCUCUCAGGGUGGCCUGGGGCAUCGUCGCUGGCGCUCCACACUGGAGCUCAGUCAAGACGAGGCAGAGCCUCCCCCUCCGCCUGAGCAAUCCACCAGACGUCCCCGCAGACCCCGCCCUGGCCCACCCCCUUACUCCUAUAGUCAAGCUCCCCAGCACCUUCAUCAUCCACACCACUUUCAGCAUCAUCAACACCUUCACUCUCCGGACUAUCUGCCAUGCCGACCUGACGGGGGCUAUAAGCACGCAGGUCCCGCCGAGUGGGAGUCCAGUCUAAGUGAGGGUGAGUCUCCAGGCUCCAGCUCCAUGUCUAGUGACUCAGAUGAGAGUGGAGGACUGGUGUGGCCACAGCAGCUUGCACCCCAGCUGGCACCGCCCUCACCUCCUACUCCUCCUGGAGCCCCACUGCAAACCAAAGCCUUAGUCAAGAUUAAGGCAUCUCAUGCCCUCAAGAAGAAGAUUCUGCGCUUUCGGACUGGAUCCCUCAAAGUCAUGACUACCGUCUGAGCUACAGGGUAUUGCAGUGGUUCCCAGUCCUGGUCCUGUAGUACCCCUGCCCUUCAUGUUGUUAGGGUUUUGCGAAGCUUGCUUUUGCCAAGUUAUUGAGGUCCAGUACAGCUGGCUUCACCUCAAUUUUUCCCGGUUCACAGAAAAUUACCUAUUACAAAGUAAAGCCCAGAAACUGAAAUCUGACGUCUCUGGUGGAAACGCACCUAAAAGGUCCUAAGUUCUUAAAGUUCCUGGUUCCUGAUAAAGUUCCUGUGGGGGAAACAUGGUUUUAGUGUUUCUCUUGCUCAAACAUAUCCAUUUCAACUCAGGAAGGACUUCUUAUUUAGGCGAUUAGUUAAUUAACAAGUCCUGCAAAGGCACCAGGACCAGGACUGGGGAACCACUGGGGUACAGGAUCAGUUUAUCUUUCCUAGCUAAUGCCUUCCGGAGGGACCCUUUAAGGCAAUGGUUCUCAAGCCAGUCUUCAAGGCACCCCAGACAGUCCACAUUUUGCUGGAUCCUAACUUUCAAUACAUAGGGAGAGAGUGAAAAUGUAGACAUUCUUAUUAAGAAUGUAGACUGUCUGGGGUUCCCUGAGGACUUAUUUGAGUCUUAUUUGAGUCUUUAUUGAGAAUUUAUUAAGCAGCGUCUUGGUGUAGACUUCUGCAGCCUGAAUGACAGCAGAGGCAUCUAAGUUCUGUCUGCCUCAGAUUUACAGAGAAUCUGAGCCUAAAGCCAUCCCUGUACAUAUCUGUGUAUGCGGUUGAAGGUGCUUGUAUUUAUGAUUGUACUCUGUAAAUAAAAAUCUGGGACCAUGU